AUGGGAGGAGAAAACGAGCCAUUUCGAGUACUCAUUGCCGGGGCGGGCAUCGGUGGUCUGGCGACGGCCAUUUCACUCGCUCGUGUUUCCGGCAUACCAAACCUUGCUAUCGAGAUAUAUGAACAAGCGCCAGAACUUGUUGAAAUCGGCGCAAGCAUUGCUUUGAGUCCAAAUACUGACUUGAACAAGGGUAUGCGUACACUGGAACGGCUGGGGGUACAUGACGCACUGAGUGACGAUCUUGGCUUCAGAGGCCCCAGCGGAAUUCCCCAGAUCUUUCGGCAUUGGAAGUCGAAUCAAGUUGUUUCCGUCGACACGCACACAAAUGUGCCGGAUCAGCGCCACCAAACCACCAGGUUCCAUCGCGGCCAUUUGCACGCUGCGCUCCUCGCCCAUGUCGACAGAUCCUCCAUUCAUCUCAACAAGCGAGUGGUCCGAGCCGAGGCGGGUGAAGAGGAAGCCGUGCUGUUUUUUGAGGAUGGCACCCAGGCCCAUGGCGACAUUCUGAUUGCCGCUGAUGGUAUCCGAUCGAAAGUCAGGCAGUCUCUCCUCCCGAACUAUCACUUGAAGUUUACCGGCAAGGUGUUUGUACGAUCGACAUUUGCUGCCUCCCUGGUAGAGGCUGAAGUCCCCGACCUUCCACUCGAUGCUAUCCACUGGUGGGGACCGAAAGAUUCCUUCUUUGCUUCCAAGCUCGGUAAAGGUCAGUAUACUACGGUGGGUGCCUACGAGGACACGCGAACUGGCGAGGAACUCGAGGAGGCCGUUGCCUGGAACCAGGCCGGCAACGUCGAGUCCUUUCGGGAAAGAUACAAGGACUGGCACCCGGUCGUCAAGCGCCUCGCCGAGCUCACACCCAGUGUGCGCUUGUUCCCCAACUACGCGGGAUCCGCCUUGUCCACCUGGCUGCCGGCACCGCGCGUCGCUCUUCUCGGAGACGCGGCCCAUACCCACGGCGGCGCGUUUGCCGCCGGGGGCUCUCUGGCGCUGAAUGAUGCGCUCGCGCUUGGUCUGGCGCUCCGACAUGCACUGGGCUCGAGAGCGGCGGCGACAGAUUCGGGCCUGCGACUUGCUGAGAUUCAACAUGCUUUGACGCUGUAUGAUAGAACGCGACAGCCGCAUGUCACGAAGCUGCUGGAUAUCAUUCACGCUGCCCCUGCUCAGACUCGACCGGCGUUUGCAUCUGCAGAGGCGGAGAAUGAGGCCUUGAUUGCGCGGUUCAAAAAUCGGCCUGAUCUUACGUGGCUGUCGGAGCAUGAUGUGGAGGCUGCAUUUAAGAAGACAGUCGAUGAUCUUGGCGAUGCCGAAACAAGCCACAAGUCUCAGAUAUCUAGGACGACAUUGCCACAGUACGAGAGUAAACUCUGA